AUGAAGAAGUUUAUUAUAUCUCUUUUUCUCCUUUCCAAGAUUCUCACCUCAAUUGCACUGCAACAGGUUUAUGUGGCGUACCUGGGAGAACACAGUGGAGAGAAAACAGAGCAAGAAAUAGAAGAAAUUCAUCACAAUUAUCUUCACUCUGUAAAAGGGUCGAGAUCCCAAGCUAAAUCUUCUAUUGUCUACAGCUACAAGAACGUCAUCAAUGGCUUCUCCGCCGUCCUCACCCAUCAAGAAGCCGCCGUCUUAUCUGGAAUGGAAGGAGUGGUGUCGGUGUUCCACAACCACCCUAGGACAUACGGGCUACACACGACAAGAUCGUGGGACUUCACGAGCUUGCUCGAAGGAGCAGGGACUCCAAACAACGGUUACGAAGAUUUAUUGCUCAAGGCGAACCAAGGAAAAGAUAUCAUCGUCGGAGUUCUAGAUACAGGAAUAUGGCCGGAAUCAGAAAGUUUCAACGACAAAGGGAUGGAACCUGUCCCGGCAUCAUGGAACGGGACAUGCCAGACUGGAACUGACUUCAAUUCUUCCCAUUGUAACAGAAAAAUAGUGGGGGCCAGGUAUUAUUUGAACGGUUUCGAGAAAACCUUCGGCAGCCUGAACGAAACAGAAGAGUACCGUUCAGCCCGAGACAAAGACGGUCACGGGACUCACACCGCCUCGACUAUAGGUGGUCGGCAUGUCUAUAAUGUCUCCGCCCUUGGCGGCUUUGCCCGUGGCACAGCCGUGGGCGGUGCCCCACUUGUCAGGCUAGCCAUAUACAAAGUUUGUUGGUUGAUUCCAGGUCAGCCGAGACUAACUGGAGUUACUUGCAAUUCGGCAGACAUGCUAGCCGCAAUAGACCAGGCCAUUGCAGACGGAGUCCACGUGCUUAGCAUAUCUAUAGGAGGAAACGAGAGUAUUCCCUUUGAUCAAGACUUGAAGGCAAUCGGAGCACUACACGCCACUCGCCGGAAUAUCGUCGUUGCUUGUAGCGCCGGGAACUUUGGGCCGACGCCAUCCACCGUCACUAAUACUGCUCCCUGGAUUUUAACCGUCGCUGCAAGCAGCAUAGAUCGGGAGUUCCCCGCUCCUGUUGUUUUGGGAAAUGGAAUGAAAUUUGCGGUAGGACAAACAAUAUCACCUUUCGAUAUAGCAGUAAUGCGACCACUUAUACUUGGAUUUGAUGCAGAAGAACCAGACAUUCCAACAAAUAUCCGAGGAGCAUGUUUUUCUGGAACCCUUAAACCAUCUCUUGUAAAAGGUAAGAUUGUGAUUUGUUUUUCAUCCAGUUCUUCGAGCUCCGACGGUGUGGCAAGAGCAGGAGGAGCCGGCGCUAUACUAUUAAACUCAUUCAAUGGAACUCAAAUACAACAAGAGAGCCACAUAAUUCCCGCAAUUAUUGUUAGUCAAGCAGAUGGCCUUAAAAUCAUCAACUACACUCGUAGCGCCACCAAUCCCAUGGCAACCUUAAUCCGAGGAACAACAGUAUUGGGUACUAAACCCGCACCUGUCAUGGCUCCAUUCACCUCAGUCGGUCCAAACGGCAUAGAUUUUAACCUCCUUAAGCCUGAUAUUACUGCCCCGGGGAUGAAUAUCCUUGCAGCCUGGACUGAAGGAAUUUCCCCAACAAAACUGGAAGGUGAUCAUCGCAUAGCAAAGUACAACAUGCUUUCGGGAACUUCCAUGUCCUGUCCCCAUGUUGCUGCGGCCGCCGCACUUCUCAAAGCCAUUCACCCCAAUUGGAGUAGUGCUGCUAUUAGAUCUGCCCUCAUGACAACCAUAUAUAUAGCUGGAGUAGUUAACAAUGUGGGCACGGAGAUAACAGACGCGAACGAAAAGCAAGCAAACCCAUUCCAAUUUGGAUCAGGACACUUCAACCCGUCUAAAGCGGUGGAUCCAGGGCUAGUUUACGAUGCAACUUACACAGACUAUCUGAUUUACCUAUGCAACAAUGGCUUCAAGCUUGAUCCGACAUUUACAUGCCCGACAAAUGUACCGACGUCCUCAAACAAUCUAAACUAUCCUUCUCUGGCCGUCUCAAAUCUUAGAGGACCCGUGACCGUGGUGAGGACCGUUACAAACGUAGGCAAUGCCGUGAGUGUCUAUAAUGUAACUUGGCGUUCUCCGACAGGUUAUUCGGUCGUGGUUUCACCUACAACGUUGUAUUUCAACCGGGUAGGGGAGAAGAAGAGCUUCAACGUGACGGUUACGGCCGCAACAAAUGGAAGGACGGGGAGUGGAUUCUCCUUUGGUUGGUAUAGCUGGAGUGAUGGCAUCCAUUUUGUUAGAAGUCCAAUUGCUGUAUCAUCUGCUUAAAUAUCUCAUAUUAAUUUGAAGAAAUUACAAAAUACUAGGAAAAUAAUAA